AUGGAUGUUGCUCUUUUAAUUCAAAUUUCCACCAAUAGCUUCCUUGUACAGAAAUUGAAAUUGCGUCAUAUUGGUGCCUGCAGCAAACAUGUAACCGAUGCGGAAACAUUAGGAGACAAACCUGUCGGAGAGAGCGAAACAGAGGAAGGCGGUGCAUAUGAUGCCGGAGCAGAGUUUACUGGUCUUCAGCUACUCUUUUUGACACCAGAUGAACGGAUAUCCCGUUGGAGGCGUCUAUACAAGAAUAGAGCCAACACGUCCUUGGUUUUCUAUCAUAAGCAUCACCCUGAUUGCUAUGAGUUUACACACGUGCGCUUGAACGAUGUUUUUGAUUUCAUCGAGGGCUACUUCGCCUAUUUGCACAUGAACUUCAAGGCAAGGAACGUUGCCACAGGGUCAGAGCAAAUCUUCUUUCCUGAGUUGAUGGCAGAAAUGGAUAAUAACGACAAUGCCUCCAAUGGUUAUUAUCGCGUCAGUGCAUGCGACAUUGUUGAUGGUAACUCUGCUGGUAAGCUCCUUUUCUUUUUAUCCACAGGCUUUGAUGCCAUCACAUUAUUUCUAUUUUAUUUCCAGAAACUCUCGAAUAUGCAUUGUUCUUGUACUAAUUAUUAUGCUUCUGACCGUUGUGUAAUAUGCUAAACUAGUUUUGGACUGAAGUAGACCCUUUUUCUAUACCUAAUUGUCAUGAAAGAAUACCAUUUCCUUGUAGAGUACCAUUGAUGGAAUGUUUGGCAUGACUGGUUGUAUUUACUUCUUGGAACCCUAACGUGGUUAUUUUUUUCAUAGGUGGCCGUAAAAAAGAAGUUGAGUGUAAGUACAUCCCAGGAUAUAAGAAUGACAUGGAAAAUUGCUAAGUGUGUGCUUAGAAAAUCAAGCACCCUGUCGGAAGUACAUACAAAGGAGGCCAUUCUGUUUCGGACUAUGGCGUGGAAGAAAAUUCUACUGAAUGAACCAUACAAAACUGCAUUGAGGAAGAGUACUGUAAGAAGAUGUGCACACAACGUCAGAUCGUUUCGAUGUUAGCUCCAUCAGAGCAGAGAACUUUGUUAUGUGUGCUUGGGUGUGUCUUCCUUGUAAUCAUGAAA